AGCAAAGACAGCGAAACUUACGGAUGCGUGCAUUGUCUCAAGGAACGAAGAAGACGGGGAGAGCGAGUGGGAGGAGGAGGAUUCAUCAAAGUAGUAGGAAACGAGUUCUUGUCCGACCCUUGUAGAAUUGAUCAUGAAUGUACUCCUGGCAAAUAUACUGAAGAAAGAGGCAACCGACAUGUAUACAAGGAGAUGCAGAACAUUAGGCGCGAUCCUACGUGUGCUGGGAAGAAACCGGUUAAAGUCUAUCUCGAUAUGUUGGCAGAACCGUUUGAUGCUGACAAUGAAGAAAUGGAAGAUUCCAUAAGGGCUUCAAUUCGGCGCUCAGGAUAUCAGGCUCGCAGACGAGUCAUAUCAAGAAGCAUUGGUGUGUGGACAAACAGGUCAGUAACAAUGGAUGAAGUCCCUUGGGAAUUUCGUACUCUACGCGACGGCUCCAUUUUCCUCCAUCAUCAUGCGCCUGGACUUCACAUCUAUUUCUCCGUUGCAACAAUU